CAGUGUAUGGUAGGUGGGCUGGUGUGUGAGGGACACAGUAGCUCGCUCCUCUCUGUCUGCUGUAGAAAGGAAACGGUCAGAGGAGACUUAGCUCCACAUUUCAGCAGCAGACCUUACCGGGAUAAACUCACCAAGUAAAGGAGAAUUUGCAGAAGCGCUGCGUAAAGGCGCACGUAAAGAGUUUUAUCAAAGACUGGUCUACGCUAUCAGGAAGGGACUCUGAACUACGGGACACGUUUUAUCGUUCGUCUCCAGUCAGCCCCUGUUCCCUGUUCUCUCGCCACAUAGGAUCCUUAAAAAACAUUUUCAGAACAAGAAAGACCCAAAUCUACGCGCACAAACGCACCUUCUCGCUCCCUGUUUGGUUUUGUUUCUCUCACUGGAUUUAGCGCCCUGAGUGGACUUUGCCCCGGCAAUCACAGCACGUUCCUUGGGUCACCAGGAGACAGACCAGCUGCCGUUCAUGUUCCAGGGGACUAUUUUUGAUGGAUUUAUAAGUCAGUGUCGUGUUCAGGCGGAUAUUAAACAACCGAAGCCCGCUCACAGACUGCUCUGGAAAAAGUAUACAGCGGGACCCAAAUGAGGAUUUCAAUUUUCUCCUGUAUCGACCGGGACAAGGAGUGAGUUCUUCUUGGUGCCAGCCGAGGCAAGGACAGACCGGUAGGAAAGGAUCCAAAUUUAGAAACUUUGCAUGUUUCUGAGUUUGCUAAUGCCAGACAGCAGCGUGUGAGGCCCACUUCAGGCUUCCAACAUUUAUUACUACGUUUUAACCACAAGACCCACAUCUAGAAGAUGGUGAGGGCCUGCACCGUCUGUGUUCUCCUGCUCUGGUUAUUGGACAGAGUUUCAACUAGGACCAUCAGUGAAGGAAGACCUAGAGAUCUACGAGUCUCCAGGCCUCUGAUUGUGCCAGGUUACCCAGAAAACACCACAGGGGUAGUGGGUGGCCAGGCGAAGCUGGUGUGUAAAAUCCAUAGGCCGGCAUCCACCAAGGUGCAGUGGCUGAAGACGGAGGUCAGCGCACCAGGACAAAGCCAGGGAGGAGCACCUCGCCUCAGGGCUGUGAUGGCUCUGCAGAGCAAUGCAUCCAAGCUGAACAUCCUGCUCCUGUCCAACAUCACUCUGCAGGAUGCAGGAGAAUAUAUCUGCAUGGCAGAGAGCACCCAUUCUGGACGGACGGUACAGGCCAUGCAGUCAGCGUGGUUGGAUGUUCUGCCUGAUGUUCUUGAGGACCUAAGCGAGGAUACUACAGAGCAUCUUCUGUUGGAGCUGGGCAACGUGCUGAAACUGCGCUGCGACAUGAGCACCCGGCCUGGCAUGGCGGUGAACUGGUACAAGGAAGGAGUCCGAGUUCUGCCCACACCCCGUAUCCAGAUCCGUGGUGCCAUCAUGGAGAUCACAGAUGUAACAUAUGAGGAUUCAGGCAUUUAUGUUUGUGUUUUCCGGGGAACCAAAGAGCCUCUGAGAAACUUCACCAUCACUGUAGCAGAUUCACAAGGGUCAGGAGAUGAUGACGAGGACAAUGGCUUGGAGGACUCAUCGACUGACAUCGAAAAUGACCAGGUUUACUUCUCCAGAGGUCCCUAUUGGACUCACACCCAGCGUAUGGAGAAGAAGUUGUACGCUGUUCCUGCAGGCAAUACGGUGAAGUUUCGUUGCCCAGCCAUGGGCAGCCCCAUGCCAAGCAUCCGCUGGCUCAAAAAUGGACGAGAAUUUAGAGGAGAGCAUCGCAUCGGGGGCAUCAAGCUGAGGCACCAGCACUGGAGCCUGGUGAUGGAGAGCGUUGUUCCUUCAGACAGAGGAAACUACACCUGCGUGGUGGAAAACAAAUAUGGCUCCAUCUCUCACAGCUACAUCCUCGAUGUCCUCGAGCGCUCCCCCCACAGGCCCAUCCUGCAGGCUGGUCUGCCAGCCAACACUACAGCAGUGGUGGGCAGUGAUGUCCAGUUCCACUGUAAAGUCUACAGUGAUGCCCAACCUCACAUUCAGUGGCUCAAACAUAUUGAAGUAAAUGGCAGCCGCUAUGGUCCCGAUGGGAUACCCUAUGUUAGAGUCCUCAAGACUGGCAGCCUGAACAUGUCAGAGGUGGAGGUGCUCUACCUGUCUAAAGUCACCAUGUACGAUGCGGGAGAGUACACCUGUCUGGCCGGAAAUUCAAUCGGUUUCGCCCACCAGUCCGCUUGGCUCACUGUCCUCUCAGAGGAGGAAGCUGCAGACGCUAUGGAAACCAUGGAGACCAAGUAUACCGACAUCAUCAUUUACGCCUGUGGGUUCUUGGCUCUGAUCAUGGCCAUCAUCAUCGUGGUGUUGUGUCGAAUGCAGGUCCAGCCCAGAAGGGAGCCAUUUGAUGCUCUUCCUGUCCAUAAACUUUCCAAGUUUCCUCUUCGCAGACAGUACUCAGUGGAGUCAAACUCAUCAGGGAAGUCCAGUGCAUCUCUGAUGAGGGUCGCUCGUCUUUCAUCCAGCUGCUCUCCCAUGCUGGCCGGAGUCAUGGAGUUUGAGUUGCCCCACGACCCAGACUGGGAGUUCCCCAGAGAGAAUUUAACACUGGGCAAACCUCUAGGAGAAGGCUGCUUUGGACAAGUGGUCAGAGCUGAAGCCUACGGCAUCAACAAGGACUGUCCUGACCAGGCCGCCACUGUGGCAGUUAAGAUGCUUAAAGAUGAUGCCACUGACAAGGAUCUGGCAGAUCUCAUCUCAGAGAUGGAGAUGAUGAAAGUGAUGGACAAACAUAAGAACAUCAUCAACCUGCUGGGAGUCUGCACACAGGAUGGCCCCCUCUAUGUGCUAGUGGAGUAUGCCUCCAAAGGCAGUCUGAGGGAGUACCUGCGGGCCCGGCGACCCCCAGGGAUGGACUACACCUUUGAUGUGACCAAGAUGCCUGAGGAGCAGCUCACUUUCAAAGACCUGCUGUCUUGUGCCUAUCAGGUGGCCAGAGGGAUGGAGUACCUGGCCUCUAAAAGGUGCAUCCACAGAGAUUUGGCAGCCAGAAAUGUUCUGGUAACGGAGGACAAUGUGAUGAAGAUUGCUGACUUUGGCCUGGCUAGAGGGGUUCACCAGAUUGACUACUACAAGAAAACCACCAACGGCCGACUGCCGGUGAAGUGGAUGGCACCAGAAGCCCUGUUUGACAGAGUCUACACACACCAGAGUGACGUGUGGUCAUUUGGAGUACUGAUGUGGGAGAUCUUCACACUGGGCGGGUCACCAUAUCCUGGUAUCCCUGUUGAAGAGCUCUUCAAGCUGCUGAAAGAAGGACACCGAAUGGACAAACCCUCCAACUGUACACAUGAACUCUACACGCUGAUGCGUGAGUGUUGGCAUGCUGUUCCAUCCCAGAGACCGACCUUCAAACAGCUGGUGGAGGAGCUGGACAGAGUGCUGCUGUCCAUCUCUGACGAGUACUUGGACCUGUCGACACCCUUCGAGCAGUACUCCCCAUCAUGUGAGGACACGUCUAGCUCCUGUUCCUCUGACAACGACUCUGUUUUUACCCAUGAUGCUUUGUCCACUGAUCCCUGCCUCCUGGGAUACCAGGACGUGCGCUCCCGGAUAGAUAUAAAGACCGCGCUCCGAUAGGCACUCAAGUAAAGCAACACAUCUGCUGGUGGCCAUAUUGGAGGUCCACAGCAAAAUUUCUAAAAUGAAAUUGACAACGAACUUCCAUUAUUGCACCAGAAAAAGCCCUUCCAUGUAGGUGCACAUCUUUUACACACACAUACACACAAAUACAUACACAGACACAGAUAUGUACAUAUGGAGCACUGAGGCCACUGGGCUUCAUUGUACAGUGGAGUUUUGUAGAAAAACGUUUCAUUGUGGGCAGCAGAACGAGCAGGAGAAAGGACAAACAAAACCUGGUACUUUGGAUUAUCAGCGCUGGCACUCUGCCCAAGAACAGUUGCGACGUUGGAAAACUAUGGCACUAAGCACAACAGAAGAAACCCUGGUACUGCCAACAGCUUAGAAUGCUUUCUAUGAUCAGCUGUCCCUCAGAGAGGUCACCGACAGUGAUCUCCUCACACAAAUCCUUGGUGAUAAAGACAUUUUAACAGACAAAAAAAGAUUUAUUUUGCUAUGAUUAAAAAGAAGAAAUUGACUGUUAAAUAUAAGUCUCUCUAUAUAAGAUUAUUUUACGUUUGUCUUGCUUAUUUAAAACGAGAACAGUCUUAAAUCUCAGGAUCUCUUUUGCUAAGAAGUUGUUUUAGUGGCAGCAAAGUGCCUGAAUUUAGGAUUUCCUGUGAAUAUAUUAGAAUAUCUAAAUAUUGUAUAUACAUUUAUACAACAGAAAGAUGAUUGCCUUAUAUAAAUUAUUCUGAAUGACACAGAAAUGAAGGUUACUGAAAGUGAAAAAAGAAAGAGGAACUUCAUCAAGUGCUUCAAGUGCCAAACCUACAAAGCUGCCACAUGUCUUCAUGUUCAGGUUUCAUUCCAAAAUGCCACCAUAUUCACUGUAGAAGCAUUAUUUAUACCUAAUAACAGGAGCUCAAGGAAGCAGCCCAUAUUUCAAAUGUAAAGAACUCUAAACACACCAUUGGCAUCAUUAAAGAACAGUAGAUGUUAAAAUUUUUGGUUUGUCUUUUAUAAAUACUAAACACCUAUUUGUAUUUUCAGUUUUGACUGAUUAAGAAAUACAAAUUAAAAUUUUUCCAUGAACAACUAAAACUCCAAAUUUUUGUGCCAAAAACAAACAAACAAAUAUGGAUAGUGCCUUUACAAAAUGGCUUAAACAUGGAAAUUUGGGAAUGAAACCCUCUAUUUAUCUUUUUUUUUUUAACUGCAGCAGCCUCCAGCCCAAGAAAACAAUGAGGCAUAAUACCAGAGUGAGGGCAGUUAUUGCUGCUGUUGUUGGACAAAAAACACAAAUCUGGAACUUUUGUGUUUUCUCAUAAUUUGCAAGCUUAUGAGCAUAGAAGCUGCAUCUCCUAAAUUUAAAACCCAAGCCAAAAAGGUUGUGAGAUUAUUUACAGGUAAAAACAACUAAGUAAACUUUGAGACAGCAUCUUGUGGACUUCCCCAAAUACAGUAACAGCUUUACUCAUUCAGUCUUCGCCUACAUGGCUGCUGUGUCAGGGACAGUGACUCUGUAAGACAGGGACUGUGUGGAGCUGGCCCAAGCCCACUGUCACUGCCGACAAGGAGAAGAGGCAGGGAGGGGGACACUGAAUGUGAAAGCUAGUGUGAUUGAUUUCAAAUAGAAGAGAGGGGGGAGGGACUCUCCUUUGUCUGGCUGUAACCCUUCACCCAGCCCAAUCUGCUGGCGAGGGCUCCUCAGGUCCGCAGCCUGGCCGGACAAUGAGGCUUUGCAGGCAUAAUGGGUGUGACUAUGGGCCAGAGGGAAUUUUGGGGGGUAGUGGUGUGGGGAUAGCUUGGGCUUGUGUGCAAAUUAAGAGGCUCUUAUUAUGGUAAUGUCUACUUUUGUCUCCCAAAUUUCCCUAUCUUUAUCCAUAGCCACAAUCUUUUAAAUUACAAAUCUUAAUUCAGAUUCACUGGCCCGCCACUGCCACCAGCAGCAGAAAAUUCCCCUGUGGAGUAAAAUAUCAAGCGAGUUUCAUCCUGCCUAAUGAAUCUGACCACGGACAAAACAGUCGAGAUAGAAACAAAUUACCCAUUGGCAGGUGCUGCAUGGAAAGAGAUUUUCAUGAACAAGAGCAAAAUGUUUGAUCAGCUAAUAUUAUGUCUUUUCUAGACCUUUGAUUCUUCAGAAGUGAAGCCCGUCAAGAUAUUCACAGAUUGCAAUGAGUACAUUUAAAUGAAAAUGCUAUAUUACCAGCUGUACUGCACAAUUACAUGUGUAUUAUUCAUUUUAGAUGUGUGAAAGUUUUCCAAAAUGCUCUAAAUUCUUCAUCUAGUCAUCCUCUGUGUAAAACCAGCCAGCCAUGUGGCCAAUGAAGGAUUAACGUAUCUACUCUCCUUAUCUGUUUGCAUUUUACACUGCCAUUUAUCUUGUGACAGCUGAUGGCGCUGAUGGAUGUCUCAUUUUGGAACGAAGCUCUUACGUUUACAUAAAGUUUCCGGACACAUUUGCAUCUUUACAUUCCAGUUACCUGCGCUUCUCCCAGAUACAAACUGUAAACAAUCACAACACUCUUAAAAAUUUCUUCAAGAGAA